AUCGUAAAUCCCGGUCAACGUUCAACCCCCAAUCCCUCCAUCUGCUAGCUUCGUUUGAUCUUAGAUGAGGUUAAACCUUCCAAUAUCUUUCAGUUGCUGCGUAAUCUUAUCUAUAAUAAUAAUAAUUUCCUUCUCUUUGGAGUCUCCUCUGGUUUUUGAAGAGAUGUGGGCACUUCGCUCAAAAUUCGAUUUUUUGUUCUUUUAUGUUUUUUUUGUGAUCUGGCCCUGGGCGUAGUGGUGGGGUAGUUGCAGAAGAUUUAAUAUGGGUGAGAUGAGGAUCAUCAAUUAGAGGAAGAUCCCACACUGGGUGUGGGCUGUGGAGAAACGGGUGCUCAAUCAAUUCGCUCUGGUCAAUAAAUAUAAAGUUGUAAAGUUGGAGUAAAGGUGGAGAAGCAGAAAGAGAAAUGAAGGGCCAGGACAGGGGUGCCCAGCAUUUCCCCGUGUACAAGUCGGUCUCCCUUCGCUUUUCAUGCCGUGUUCUUCUUCUUCUUCUUCUUCAGCUACCAACCAAGCCCAUGGUUAAUGAAUGCACUGCGCUCGGAACCAACGUCUGGAUGUGGUAAUUAAUAGGAGGGAGAGCGCCGCGCGCACACGGAGACACGGACUCAGACACGUAAUAGUCACACACACACACACACACACCCCCUUCCCCUGCUGCCUUUCUCGUGCAGUAAAUCAGCCCCUUUUGGUCUUUGACGUCUAGCUGUUGUUGGUAUCGGCGCUGUCCGAUCUCGCAACGUUUUCUGUUUGGCCUCUCCUCUUCUUUCUUCCCUCUUCAGUCUUCUUCACUCCCCCACCUUCCCCUCCGCUCCGCUCCCCUCGGAUCAUCGCCUCCAAACCCGAAAUAUAAACCAGCUCCCUUUUCUCUUCUGCUUUGCCGUUUCUGUCCACUCGCUGAUUCCUUAAUUUGCUCGCUCCAUUUCUUCCGGCUCGUCGAUUCCUUUAAUUUAUUUGCUCCAGCACUCCUCCUAGCCGAGGAGGAGGGAGGAGGAGGAGGAGGAGGAAGAGGAAGAAGAAAAGCAGCAUUUCAUUUUUGGCGGGUGGGUUCUGGGCGGCCGAUGCCGCAUUGGUGUCUUCAUGGGGAACUGCCUCACCUCCGGUACCAGCAGCACCAGCAAUGAUAGCAGGGAAGGGCGGAGCAAUGGAGGGCCGCCGCGAUCUAAGAAGAAGAAGAAGAUCCCGAGGGAGGAGCACCUCCAUCUGGUGCCGGGAAGGAUGUUCUCCAACGAGGGCCGGAGCCGCAUCUCCUCCAUCCACACCCAGCAGGGCCGCAAGGGCAUCAAUCAGGACGCCAUGAUCCUCUGGGAAGGUUUCGGGGGCGACGGCGGCGUCCUCUGCGGCGUGUUCGACGGCCACGGCCCGCACGGGCACCUGGUGGCGCGCAAGGUGAGGGACGCGCUCCCUCUCAAGCUGCUCUCCGCGCUCCCCAAGCACGGCCGCGCCCAGCUGUCGGUGACGGCGUGGAGAAGGGCUUUCCUCAAGGCCUACAAGGCCAUGGACAAGGACCUCCGCUCCCACCCCGCCCUCGAUUGCUUCUGCAGCGGCAGCACCGCCGUCACCAUCCUCAAGCUGGGCUCCAUUCUCUAUAUGGGCCACGUUGGCGAUUCCCGCGCGGUUCUGGGUUCCAAGGACGACGGCACCGGUGACAUGUUGGCAGUGCAAUUGACCGUCGAUCUCAAGCCUGAUCUGCCCAGAGAGGCAGAGCGGAUCAAACGGUGUAGGGGAAGGGUGUUUGCGCUGCAGGAUGAGCCAGAGGUGCCGAGGGUAUGGCUGCCGUUCGAUGACGCUCCGGGCCUGGCUAUGGCUCGAGCAUUUGGGGACUUCUGCUUGAAGGAUUACGGUGUGAUCUCCGUGCCAGAGUUCUUCCACUGGACCCUUACUGACCAGGAUCAGUUUGUCAUUCUCGCUUCCGACGGCGUCUGGGAUGUUCUCAGCAAUAAAGAAGCUGUGGAUAUUGUGUCCUCGUCUCCGACUCGGUCUGCCGCUGCAAAGCUGUUGGUGGAAGCUGCUGCUCGCGAAUGGAAGUUGAAAUAUCCCACCUCAAAAAUGGAUGACUGUGCUGUUGUUUGCUUGUUUUUGGAUGGAAAAGCGGAUCCUGAAACUGAUUCUGCUGAGAUCAAUUCGUUUACCAUGGACAACUGCAGCCAUGGAAGUCCAGCAACCGAAUCUAUCGAAGGACACAACCAAGAGCCCACAUUGAACCGAAAUUUCACAGUGAGAUCAGGUGAAAACUCUAGAAUGCAAGUAUUGGUAGAAGAGGGUGGAACAGAUGGAGUAGCUGAGGACCAAAACUGGUCAGGCCUCGAAGGAGUGACGCGGGUGAACUCGCUAGUUCAGCUUCCUAGAUUUUCGGAGGAGAGGGUGGCUGCCUGAUUCUAUAUUAUUUUUUUUUCUUUUCUUUUCUUUCUUUUCUUUUUUUUUUUUUGCCUGUGGCAAGUCCCAGUAGCUGUUUUUGAUCUUUUUUCUUGCUGUGUUGCUACCUGUUAGUUUGCUUAAUUUGGCAGGUGAUUUGUAAAUUUUCCACCAACAUCACUUAGCUGUGGAGAGUUUUUGUCUGAAACUGAACUCUGUCCAACUCUGUUCGUGAAAUACAUUGAACCUAUUGGAAGGCUGUGAGAACUAAGAAA